UGCCUUCCUUCUCCAACUCAAUCUGCCAACCUGCAGCCCCCCUGCCGGCGUGGUAUUCGGAUUUCUUCUGGUAUUCGUGCCCACCGUAUCCAUCCGCAUGACUAUGACAAUUGGGGCUUUUUGGACCCAUCAAGUUUUCGUUCUUGCCAGGCUUUACGGACGAGGGACGAAAUGGUGUCUUUAUCUAAGGCUUCGGUUGGCGAGGCUAAUAGCCCGAAUACACCACCAAGUGUCGGCAGAUGCUCUAGUCAUUCCUCGCUCCACUCGGCACAGAUUCUACUCUUUACCUCAUCAUCCCAUUCCACCUCAUCUCAAUUUGUUCUGGUUGGCCUAGGGACUAACGGACUUGAGCUCGCGAUUCACUAUAUUCUUCUGACAAGUCUUGGCUUCCCUUUUGUUUUCGCACGCAAGAUUGACCCCUCCGAGCGCCUUCUAUUGACUCUGCUCAACUGGGCUCGGAUGCAUUCAAUGGCUCUUGAUUUCUCCGUCGCUAUGCGUCAGAAGCGUCUUGUGCUGCAGGAGAACGAGAAUUGGGAAAUAAACCUUAAUGCCGAUUUCAUACUUUAUGACUAUCUCUCAACUUCUACUACUGACAAGCAGUAG